AUGAGUGAUUCAAGAUUAUCUCCACGACCACGGGCAAAUACGUUAUUUAGUAAUUUCAAACUGAAAAAUACCAAUAAGGUCGAAUCCAAGAAUAAAAUCUCUGCAUUUCUCGCCAAUAAUAAUCAUAGUAUCGCAUUACCUAAUCGUCGUAAAGGGAUUAUUCUUUUCUCAUUCUUGGUAAUAUUAUUUUUUAUUUACGUUUUUCCAUGGAAAGCACCGCAAAGAAUUCGCGAUCCUGAAAUUAAACCGCAUGAAUGUAUUCGUGCUGGAAGUUUAGUAUUACCUAACAAGAAUCGAAUUCGUAUCACUUCUUGGCGAUCUUUAUAUUACUCACAACAUUCCUUCUAUUUUCGUACCUUCUCAAGAAAUGGCGUUAUGUUAUAUGAAGCGGAUAAAACUAUGCAAACCAAGGAUUUUCUAGCAAUUCAAUUAAGGAAGAGAAAAAUAGAAUUUAUCUUCAAUGCCGGACAAGGAACCGUUCUCUUAACUGCUGCUCCAGGUAAUGGUCAAUGGACUGAUGGCCAAUGGCAUUGGAUUAACGCUAGUCGCUUAGGGGCUAUUGCCGAGCUAAGUGUCGAUGGUAUCCGCUUAGUUAAAACUCAAUUAAAUACCCAUCAUGUCCAUGCAGUGGAUAGCACAUCUGGUCUUUACGUUGGUGGUAUUCCAAAACGAUUCUAUUCUAAAUUGCAUCGAUUCGUUAUAGCCCACGAUUUUCGAGGUUGUAUUGCAAAUAUUACUUUAAAUGGAAGGAAAUGGGAUCCCAGUGAAUUUGUCUAUAGUAAAUCGUCCACGACCAAUACUAACAUCAACAAUUUAAGUAAUCAUUCAUCAACCAAUAUGGAUAGCACUACCCUAACGCCGGUUGUAACAGCAAUUGAUGAAUCACAAGUGCAUCGGGUUGAUAAAUUAAUUGCAUCGGUCCAAAAAUUUCUUCCCCUGACUGAAAUUAUCAUUUAUGACUUAGGACUUAAAGCAGCUACUAAAGCGAAGAUCAGGACUUACUGCAAUGUUCAGUUAGUAGACUUUCCUAUCUCAAACUAUCCUAGGCAUUUUAGAAAUGUGAAAUUAGAAGCAUGGAGAUCAGUUAUUAUUAAGCCUAACUUGCAAUCUUACGGCUCAGUUAUUUAUGUGGACCCGGAGGUCAUUGUCAAGCGAACAUUCAACAAAUUAAUUAGAGAAGCUAACAAAACAACAUCAGGAUUGAUUUGUAGAACAAUGUUUGAGCCAGUGACAGCUUUCACACACCCUGGAAUGAUUAAAGCCCUCGAUCAAAGCGUUAAAAGUUAUCAACUAUUACCUAUGAUUGAUACGCGCAUUCUGAUAUUUUCUGGUAAUAAUGCUUUCAAAUUAGUAACCGAAUGGGUUAGAUGCACAGCAGAUAUAGACUGCAUACUUCCUACUGGAGCUUCCUUAGGAUCUUGCCUUCCGCGAGAUAUUCGACCAUCGCCCCUUUAUCGUGGAUGCCAUCUUGCUAGUCGAUCUGCAUUAAGUGUUGUCUACUACAAGACUCAGAUACCUCAAGAUGCAAAAAAUUGGAAUAAAAUGAUAAAGUAUGCUAUAUCUAGCUCAGAUGAUGAGAUUUCCUUGCCAGCUCCAAAGAAGUGUCUAGCAAAAGCAACUCUAAAGCCAUCUGGGAAGCAAAUAACACUUGAUCCAUCGACGCCUCAUUAA